AUGUCUGUCAACGGCACGAACGGCACCAAUGGUGUCAAUGGCGUCAAGCCCCAGGGCACUUUCCUCUUCACCUCCGAGUCCGUAGGCGAGGGUCACCCCGACAAGAUCGCUGAUCAGGUCUCCGAUGCUAUCCUCGACGCCUGCUUGGCCGAGGACCCCCUGUCCAAGGUCGCCUGCGAGACCGCCACCAAGACCGGCAUGAUCAUGGUCUUUGGCGAGAUCACCACCAAGGCCAAGCUCGACUACCAGAAGGUUGUCCGCGACGCCAUCAAGGACAUCGGCUACGAUGACUCCUCCAAGGGCUUCGACUACAAGACGUGCAACCUGCUCGUCGCCAUUGAGCAGCAGUCCCCCGACAUCGCCCAGGGCCUGCACUACGAGGAGGCCCUCGAGCGCCUUGGCGCCGGUGACCAGGGCAUCAUGUUCGGCUAUGCCACCGACGAGACCCCCGAGCUCUUCCCCCUGACCCUGAUGCUUGCCCACAAGCUCAACGCCGCCAUGUCCGCCGCCCGCCGCGACGGCUCCCUGCCCUGGCUGCGGCCUGACACCAAGACCCAGGUCACCGUCGAGUACAAGCACGACAACGGCGCCGUCGUCCCCGUCCGCGUCCACACCGUCGUCGUCUCUGCCCAGCACUCUCCCGACAUCACCACCGAGGAGCUGCGCAAGGAGAUCAAGGAGAAGAUCAUCAAGAAGACCAUCCCUGCCAAGUACCUGGAUGACGAGACCAUCUACCACAUCCAGCCCUCUGGCCUCUUCAUCAUCGGCGGCCCUCAGGGUGACGCCGGUCUUACUGGCCGCAAGAUCAUCGUCGACACCUACGGUGGCUGGGGUGCCCACGGUGGCGGUGCCUUCUCCGGCAAGGACUUCUCCAAGGUCGACCGCUCGGCCGCUUACGUCGGUCGCUGGAUCGCCAAGUCUCUCGUCGCUGCCGGCCUCGCCCGGAGAGCGCUCGUGCAGCUCUCGUACGCCAUUGGCGUCGCCGAACCCCUGUCCAUCUACGUUGAGACCUACGGCACCUCCAACAAGACGUCGGAGGAGCUCGUCAAGAUUGUCCGCGACAACUUCGACCUGCGGCCCGGUGUCAUUGUGCGCGAGCUCAACCUUGACCGCCCCAUCUACCUCCAGACGGCCAAGAACGGCCACUUUGGCACCAACCAGUCCUUCUCCUGGGAGAAGCCCAAGACGCUCAAGUUCUAA